AUAUAUAUUGGCGCACACGGCUAUUGUUCUUAUUGGUUAUUAUUAGUUUUAGCAGUUGCAGAGACAGAGAUAUAGGUCGAUAGGACUAGAUAGAAAUAUAGAGGAGACAGCACUAAAAUAUCCCAGAGUUUUGCAGAGUUUCUCUUAGCCCGGAGAGGAUGGAGAACGCGAAGAACAACAACAGCAGCAGCCAUAACAAGACGAGCGAAAAGAGAGUUGGGAUCGAGCAGAAGGGUUUUCCGGUGCAUAGUCAAGUCCGAAAGAUUAAGCAGGAAUCCGAGAAAAUCAUAGACUGGUCACCGGAACAGCCAGAGAUGAGACUGGUGCUCCGGGAGAUCCAACGGCGGCUUUCUCGUUCGCCCUUGGGAUUAUCUUGCUGACCCUUUUUGGGUGAUUACUCUUUAGGAUGUUGAAUUUUGGUGCUGAAAAGUGAAGAUGGGUUGUCUUUAUGCCAUCUCUGUAAACAGAGACACAGGGUUUCUCUGUUUCCUCUGUUCUUUUUCUCCCCUGUUUUCUCUCUCUCUUUUUUUUUUUUUCCUUUUUAUUUUUCUUUUUCUUUUUUCCAUUGUAUAUACCUUUUUCGAUAUACAUGAUAUGGUAGCUUUUGUAAUAUAAACGGACUAAUCUUGAGGAUGAUGGAUUUUACUGUCCUAGCUAUUGAUUUCCCCUGAUUUUACAGAUCAUGUGGGAUGGAAAAUUCACUUCGGCAA